AUGCCCUGUAUCAUCCUGGACAGACGUGUCUGCGGCCUUAUCUCUCGUCCUUUCCCCAUGCGCACUCUGUCCUCCCUCAUGCCCUGUAAUCCCUCACGGGGCGCAGCGGAGCAGGUGACGUUUGGCGUGAACUCAACAACCAACUCGACGGUGGAGCUGGCGUCAACGGCGGACAUGCAGGUGUACGGAGUCAUCGUCACCGUCGCGCUGUGCAUCGUGGUGCUGGGGGGCGUGCGCGUGGUCGUGCGCCGGCAGCCCAGUCAGCUACUGGGUCUUUUCUACCCUGCGGUCACGGGCAUAAUGGCGGGCAGCAACCGGUCGGCAUCGCUCAAGGACACACAGAAGUCCAUCCCCAUCGGCACCCUGUGGGCCAUCGGCACCACCACGCUGCUCUACGUGUUUGCAGUCUUCAUGUUCGGCUCUGUGGCGCUAAGGGACCUGCUGCUCACUGACCGGCUGCUCACGGCCACCCUGGCAUGGCCGUCCCCGGCAGUGGUGUACAUCGGCAUCAUCCUCUCCACGCUUGGCGCCGCCAUGCAGAACCUCAUGAGCGCACCACGUCUGCUCACAGCCAUCGCCAAUGACGACAUUCUCCCCAUCCUGGACUGGUUCAAAACGGAGGACAACCAGGAGCCAUACCUCGCCACGCUCUGCACGCUACUCAUCUGCGCCGGCUUCGUGUGCAUUGGAGAUGUGGACUAUGUCACGCCGGUGAUCACCAUGUUCUUCCUGCUGUGCUAUCUCGGGGUGAACCUCUCCUGCUUCCUGCUGGAUCUGUUGGAUGCGCCGUCGUGGCGCCCGAGGUGGAAGUGGCACCACACGCUCACCGCCCUCGCUGGCGCCGUCCUUUGCGUUAACGUCUCAAAACACUCCUCCCUUUUCCCCCUGGUGCCCCCCCUGCAGCGAUCAUUCAUGAUAUCGUGGUUCUUCACGCUGCUGUGUCUGCUGCUAGCGGUGCUCAUCUACUACUACGUCAGCCUCAAGGGCAAGGCCGGCGACUGGGGCGACGGCUUCAAGUCUGCCUACCUGCAGCUCGCCCUGCGCUCCCUCAAGUUCCUUGGAGCGAGUCAGGUGCAUCCCAAGAACUGGUACCCCAUCCCGCUCAUCUUCUGCAAGCCCUGGGGCAUCCUACCUCCCGACAUGCCAUGCCAUCCGAAGCUUGCUGACUUUGCCAACUGCAUGAAGAAGAAGGGGCGCGGAAUGACCAUCUUUGCCACCAUCCUCGAAGGCCGCUUCAGGGUACUUGCACCGCCUCAUCUCCUCAUCCCUACCCUCCACCCCUCCUUUUCUCACUCCACUCUCCUUUUCAACCCCACUCCCUGCAAAUCGCCCUUCCAACCAUGCCUUCUCGCCCACUUGACCAGGGACCGGGCAGAGGAUGCACGGUCAGCGAGCCACCUGCUGCUGAGCUACAUUGACUACAAGCGCUGUGAGGGGGUGGCAGAGGCCAUCGUGGCUGACUCGCUCAACGAGGGAUUCCGCAUCGCAGUGCAAACCAUGGGGCUGGCGAAUCUCAAGCCCAACAUCGUGUGCAUGCGCUACCCUGAGAUCUGGCGCGAAGACAUCCAGAGGGACAUCCCCGGCACGUUUGUGAACGUCAUCAACGACUGCAACACGGCGAACAAGGCGUGUGUGAUCGUGAAGGGGCUGGACGAGUGGCCGGGCGAGUACCAGAAGCAGUGCGGCACCAUCGACCUCUACUGGAUCGUGCGGGAUGGAGGCAUCAUGCUGCUGCUGUCCCAGCUGCUGCGGGCGAAAGAGAGCUUUGAGAACUGCAAGAUCCAGAAGCAGUAUGGCACCAUCGACCUCCACUGGAUCGUGAGGGACGGUGGCAUCAUGCUGCUGCUGUCCCAGCUUCCGCGGGCGAAAGAGAGCUUUGAGAACUGCAAGAUCCAGGUGUUCUGCAUUGCGGAGGAGGACACAGGCGCGGAGAACCUGAAGCUGGACGUGAGCAAGUUCCUGUACGACAUGCGCAUGCAGGCUGACGUCAUUGUCGUCACCAUGAAGGCGUGGGAAGACGUCGUGUCCGAUGCUGAGGGCGCAGAGGCAGAGCUCGCCCGGCAAGGCGCCAUGGAGGCUUUCACUCGGGCGCGGCGCAACAUAGCCCAGAGAAUGAGCGAGGACCCCGAGGCUGAGACGCACCACUCGCUGCUGGACGAGAGCAAGGUGAAUAAGUUCCUCUACACCACAAUCAAGCUCAACUCCAUUAUUCUGCGGUACUCGCGCAUGGCUGCUGUGGUGCUCGUCAGUCUCCCGCCUCCCCCUCAGAACCAUCCCCCUUAUUGCUACAUGGAUCAUCCCAAAACUCUUUUCCCCGCCGCCUCUCUUCCCGCCUCCCCUGUCCCCGCGCAUGGCCAGCGCGGCGGCGGGCCUUGGGGGGAGGCGGGGGAGGGGGCGAGGCGCGUGGGGGAGGCGCAGCCCGCAGCAGCGGUGCAGGCGCACAGGGGGGCGGCGUUUGGGCUCAAGACGUGCGCUAUGGGGGGACAGCCGCUGCUGUUCAGCUGCGGGGACGACGGUCGUGUUGCAGGGUGGCGGUGGAGCGACCUCCUCUCAUCCAAUCCUGCUCAAGCUCCUCAAGUGGCCCCCUGCGUUGACCUGGUCAACCCCCCCACCACGUGGGCUGCUGCAAGGGGCGUGGCAGUGGUGCCAGAGACCAAUGCCAUUGAUGUUGACGAGCAGAGGAACACCAUUUACAGUGCAGCAGGCAACGGGUGUGCAUACGCAUGGGACGUGGAGUCUCAGAAGCGGGUCGCUGAGUUUAGGGGCCACUCAGACUACCUGCACUGUGUGGUGGCACGGCCGCAGCACCACCAGAUAGUGACGGGGUCUGAGGACGGCACAUGCCGAGUAUGGGAUUGCCGCACAGCCACCGCAGUGCUGUGUCUCAACCCCUUCACUGCGCGCCAAGCACCCCUCUCCCCCUCUUCGUCCUCCUCCCCCGCCUCGCCUUGGGUCAGCAGUAUAGCAACUGACUCCACAACUCCAUGGCUGCUGUGUGGCACAGGCGGCAGCACGGCGUCUCUCUUCUCGCUGCAGGCACCCGCCUCUGCACUGCUGCGUGUGUCUCUUGGCGCGCCAGUGCAUGCGGUGGCCAUGGGGAGAGAUGCGGAUGAGAUACUAGUGGCGGGAGCCAGCGCUGUGUUGACUCGGUUGACUUUUGCCGGCCAGCUCAAGUCACUAACUGCCACGGCCAUGCCAUCCAUCUACUCCCUCCAUUCACAUUCGCCGUCCCAGCUGGUGGCAGUGGCAGGGAGAGGGGGGACGGUCGAUAUAAUUACCAGCAUUGGCAGUCACCUGGCCACUUUUCAGUGCGCCUGA